AGCGCAAGCCUCAGUACGCGUUCAGAAUUCAGAGCGAGCGCACGUCGGUUCUCGCUCCCACCGCGCCAAGUAUCGCGAUUUUUUUCCCGUGCCAAGUGAUUGGAUAAUAUUUUUUUGUGUUUACACACCGUUGCUUAAGAGUGUCGUGCUGUGAUUUACAUAAUUGGAAGCUCAAAGUAAACAAACCAGUUCCAAAAACGAUGUACUAGUGAAAGAACCAAAAUGGCGUAUACCAAGUCAGUAUUAUCAUUAUUAUUAGUGAGCAUAGUUAUAAUCAACUGCCAAGAUGAUAUCCGAACACAGAAUUAUAAUAUAGACGACAUCCAAGCAGAUCUACUUAGAAGCAACGACCAGGAGUAUAGGCAUAAGGAUAUAGAACCAGAAAAGUCUAUGAUGUUCGAAGAGAAUGAUAGAAGUGAUGAUAGACCGACGACUGUAGAUUACACAACUACAGAAGACCCAGAAGAUAAUGUUAAGAGUGAAGAAGUGGAAAGUGAAGAAGAAGCAGUAACUCCAACAGAACUGCCAACAGAUACAGUUGAGAAUACUGUUUAUAGAACUAAAGCGGAGGAGGAUAUUUAUUUGGGCGAUACACAACACGCAAAAGAUACUAAGAUAGAAGCAACCACCCAGUGGACCACCAGGCCCAUGGAUGAGAUGGAAGACUUCGUGCCCAGGAUAGCUGAGCUUGGAGAUGACCUGGAGAUCACCGGACAGAGGAGUCCGAAGACUGACAACACAGACCCCAAGACUCUAAUAGACAAGCGCAACUUCGAAGUAAAACCCCGCCCUACACCAGUCGUCAGCAAGAGUUCAACCCUCAAGAGCUGGUUGGAAGACACCUGGACGCGGCCGCCAGCCGGCCUGCUGGUGCCUCUCAGGCCGAUGGCUCUGAACAGAGCGUUGGCUGUGUGGAGCGACCUGACGGUGGAAGGACUAAACGUGUCUGAUAUCGUCAUCGUGGGAUAUGACUCUAAUGGUGUGAACUGGCGCUCCAGGCACAGCCUUCAGCCCAGCAGUACGGGAAGAGGAGACCGAGCAGUCACGGAGGCUCUUUCGAAGCUGCUGCUCAAAUACCAGGGUGUGAACUCAGAUGCUAGCGGCGAUGGGACCAUGCGAGCUUUGGCAUCAGCAGCCAAGCUGGUGCCUUACGACAGCGCACUCUUCGUGGUGACAGACAAAGGAGCUGGUGACCCUCAGAGGCUGCCGUUGGCUUUGAGGGCUCUGAUUGAGAAGAGGCUCAAGGUAUACACCAUCUGGACGGACCCCAACCACCCUUCGACGGAAUCCGAAGCUGAACUUCAGGAAUUGAGGAACGUGUCCCUCCACACCGAGGGAGAAGUGCUUCCGUACUCUUUACAAGUCAUGGACAUGGAGACCUCAAGUAACCUGGCAUCAGAAGCGGAGCUUCAAGAAUGGGACCCCAUGGACUCCAUGGUGCAGACGAGGCAUGGACGCGUCAAUUCCCACAUGGAUGACGAGAAGUUUGAGACGUUACUGGUAAGGCGAGGGGGCGGCGAAGCGAUAUCGCUCGGAGUGCCGGUGGACAACGGAGUGACGGCACUCAGAGUGUACAUAGAGGGAGCUGUGGAGCACGCGGUGCUGUACCCUCCUAAUGACGCUCCUCAAAUCGACCUCUACAACAUAUCAUCGGUCAGCGCCUUUUCCCCUGCCUCCAAGACUGAAGGCCUGAUGCCCAGAGACGUUCUCCUGGUCUUCCCCGGAGUCAACUUGGAGGAGGACAUACUAUCAGUGAUACCAGCGACGCCAGUGGCCUCCGACGCAGCGAUGGUGGGUACAUGGCACCUGAGCGUGCGCUGCGACACUUGCGACUACCGUCUUUGUGUGGGUGCGCGCGCGCAACUGCAUUUUGGCGUCGAGGAGACAGAUCGGCCUGAUAUGUUGAAGUUCAGAAUCACUGGGCCAGUAGCCAGCGUGCGGGAGUCAGUUCUGAUCGACGAAUACGGCUUGGAGCUUGCCAAACUACCCUACAGCUACCCCCCAAUGACAAGAGACCCAGAGCACACCAUGGAGAGCCCAGUGGCGGAUCUGGUGGCCGACGUGCAGAUACCGAGCGUGAAAGGGUCGAGGGUAUAUGCCAAGAUCGUCGGGAGAGACACUAAGGGAGAACCCUUCGCCCGUCUAGCAGGCCCUCUCCUCCACCAAUCAGAGGUCAGGAUGGGCAGAUCAGCAGCCCUGGUGUUCCCAGACUCCAAGAACGACCUGGAAGCCGCUGAAGAAGCCAACUCCAGGAUCUACAAUGAGAGGCUGGAGUUUAACGAUAGCGUUACACCAUAUAACAGGGCCGUUUCACAGGUUGUCAACCAACGUGGUACUAUACUAACAGCGGUUCAAAUCGGCCUCGGCUCCAGACUGUACGGCGCUCCUGGUGAUAACCUACAGCUCCACUUCGAGGUGACCAACUACAGGGACCAGUCCGUCAGCUUCCGAUUCAGGGCUGUUGGAGAGCAAAGAUUCCUGAGGGGCAUCUCUCCUUUACAAGACACAAUACAGCCAGGACAGACGCUGAAUGUAGUGGUGAGCCUGUUUAUCACGGCGACAGCCACCCCUGGUCUGAGGGACUUCAUCACCUUCUCGGCUUUGAGCACUAGUGGUGACGAGCAAGUAUCCAUCUCAUCGUACGUCUACGUCAUGAGCGCUGGUACGGCUAUGAAUGACGUGUGGCCGCCGGAAGUACGUCACAACUUCCAGGGUUCAUGCAUCGGGAGGAUGGGAGAUGACUGCGCACAGCACGUGUGGUCUGCCUCUAUCAUCGCUAGAGAUGCCAACGCAGGUCUACUACGCCUAACCUCAACGCCAAUCGGUCUGUCAUACGACAGCAACUUCGUGGCCGGCUCACGGAGCGAAGUGAACGGAGUAUACAGAGCUACCUGUUGUGCGCCCAGAGUUGUGGUCACUGCGGUAGAUGCUUUGGGCAACGCAAACAGUUAUGUCAUCGAUAUAUCCAGUUACAUCACAGAGGCAGGCAUCGCUGCCAUCGUGCUCGGGGUGUUCCUAUUCAUAUUCCUCAUCAUCCUCAUCGUCCUUCUGAUCGUCUGGUGUGUGAGAAGACGGAAGGAGUCCCGAGAACUACCCUACUCCACGUCAUCAAGGAACAUCAGUUGAAGAAAUCAACGUAAAAACCGGUCGAGCUAAUUGCGAACCUCGCUGCGUCCGUACCAGAGCGACGACGUGACGUCACGGCUGCUAGGUGCGCAGUAACUCGACCGGAUUGUAUUUAUAAUUUAAAGUCAUACAAUUACAUGAUGCAUUCAAAUCUAUAUUUUUACUUUAACCUGAGAAAUGAUUUCGGGAUUUUAGUUUGUUAAUCCUUUCACUGUCAUAGCAAUAUAAUUUUUCAUUGAUUUUAUACCUAAACACAAGGGAGAAAGAUUCAAAAUAC